AUGGAUUUCUUCCGCAAAGCAGAAAGCGCGCUGAAGGAGGCGCUCGGAGGAGACGAGGAGGAGCGCCCUCCCCGUAACGAUGAUGAAGGCGGACGCUAUGAGGAGCAAGAGCAGCAGCAGCAGCAGCAGCACUAUGACCAGCCUUCCGGCCCCAAGAUCAAACCAGUGAACACCGACCAUCGCUUCCAGUCCUUCUCGCCCGAGACGUCUGGCAACGUCAAGUGGUACGUCGAUGGAGCUUCGUACUUUUGGGCCGUCUCUAUGGCCCUUGAACAGGCACGGGAGAGCGUCUAUAUUCUCGACUGGUGGUUGAGUCCCGAGCUUUACCUCCGACGGCCCCCUUCUCGCAAUGAGCAGUAUCGCCUGGACAACAUGCUCCGCGCCGCUGCUGAGCGUGGCGUGCAAGUUCGAAUCAUCGUAUAUAAGGAGGUCACUCAGGCUUUGACCCUGGACUCUGCGCAUACCAAGCAUGCCCUCGAGGCUCUACACCCGAACAUCCAAGUGUUCAGGCACCCUGACCAUGUGCCCACAGACGUUUCGAGACUUGAGCAGGCCUUCGAAGGCCUGUCGCUAGACAAGCUAAAGUUGGAUACCUUCAGUCUUUCCAAGGUAUCGGGAGAUGCUCUGAAGGAACUGUACGGUUCCUUUGGUGACACGGUUUUGUACUGGGCCCAUCACGAGAAGCUCUGUGUGGUUGAUCGCCGUAUUGUCUUCAUGGGCGGACUCGACAUGUGUUUUGGACGAUAUGACACAAACAGCCACCCCAUUGCAGAUGCGCACCCGGGAGACGUGAGCAACAUCAUUUUCCCCGGUCAGGACUUCAACAACGCUCGAGCAUAUGAUUUUGAGGGCGUGGACAACUGGGAUCACAACCAAUUGGACAGAACCAAGAGCUCGCGAAUGGGCUGGUCUGAUAUAGCGCUCUCCAUGAAUGGUCCUAUCGUGAGCAGUCUGCUUGAGCACUUCAGCGACCGCUGGAACUUCAUCUGGGAUGACAAGUACACAAAUAGGGAUGAUGGCAAAUACCAGAGGAUUAGCGCUGGAGGCUCCACGGAGCCAUCAGGAGACGAAGGACGCCGCCACCAUUUUGACGACAUGCAAGGUCACCUUAACCGCGGCCUCCAACGUUUCAUGGGAGAUGGGGGAGAUGAAAGAGCUAGAGACGAAGGUGACCGUGGGCAGUAUGGUGGAUCUGGAGGUCUAAAGAUCCAGCUCUGCAGAAGUGCCUGCGAAUGGUCUUCUGGCCACCCGACGGAACACUCCAUCUUCAAUGCCUACGUCAACGCUAUCGAGAGCGCGGAGCACUUUGUUUACAUAGAGAACCAAUUCUUCAUCACAGCAACCUCUGAUGAGCAACACCCCGUCAAGAACAAGAUCGGCGCAAGCAUAGUGUCGCGUAUUGUUCGCGCUUACCAAAAUGGCGAAGAGUUUCGUGUAAUCGUCCUGAUGCCGGCUGUCCCAGCUUUUGCGGGUGACCUCCACUCCGAGGGCGCUCUCGGUACUCGAGCUAUUAUGGAGUUCCAGUACAACAGUAUCAGCCGUGGUGGCCACAGCAUCAUCGAGUCCCUGCAACAGCAAGGCGUGGAAGACUGGCAGCGCUACAUUGGUUUCUACAACCUCCGCAACUACGAUCGUAUCAACAUCUCGUCCACCAUGGGCCAAGCCGAGCAGGAGAGUGGUGUGGCGUAUGAUGAUGCUCGACGUCAGUAUGAGGACAUGGUCGGCGGGGGUGAAGGUGACGGGGGCGGUUCCAGGGACCAGUACGACCGCUACCAGAACGCGACCUCCAAUGUCUCGGACCAAACCUGGGAUACGGUCUCCUCAUGCUACAUGGAAGGCGGACCUGACCUGCGCAAUGUCCCGUGGCAAGGCAGCGAGGAGGCGGAAAUGAAUGCUUUCGUAUCUGAGGAACUUUACAUUCACACCAAGGUUCUCAUUGCAGACGACAGACUCGUCAUCUGUGGCUCAGCAAACCUGAACGACCGCUCCCAGCUCGGCGACCACGAUUCUGAGAUCGCGGUCGUUAUUGAGGAUCCAGAGACUGUCGAGAGCAGCAUGAACGGACAGCCUUACGCAGCCUCGCGCUUCGCGACCUCGCUGCGACGACAGGUGUUCCGCAAGCACCUUGGCCUCCUCCCUGACCAGCGCUGGGAUCAGCCGACAGCGAACUGGACGCCGAUCGACCAAGACCCGCAGGAGUAUGACUGGGGCUCUGAGUCUGACCGGCUGGUCGAGGAUCCGCUCAGUGAGCAAUUCUGGAGCCUGUGGCAGGACACGGCGCGAGACAAUACCAGCAUCUUCAGCAAGGUCUUCCAUCCCGUUCCCAAUGACGCGGUCCGUGACUGGGACCAGUACGAGGAUUUCUUCAGUCGGCACUUUAUCAUCCCGGGCAAGGAAAUGAGCGACGAGGAGAAGGAGGGCAAGGUCGAUUACGGGCACGUGGUGCCGGAGGAGUUCCGCGAUGGCGGCGUCGCCGAGGUCAAGGACUGGCUGUCGCGUGUCCGCGGCACCCUUGUGGAGAUGCCCCUCGAUUUCUUGAUUGAUGUCAAGGAUAUCGCCAAGGAGGGGCUCAGCCUCAACGCGUUUACUGACGAGAUCUAUACCUGA